AACAUCGGAUUGCGGAUUAAAUAUAUUGAGUGAUUUAAAAAGAUUCUAAAGCACAUGUGAGUUUAACCUAAAAAAAAAAUUUAUUUUAAUUAAAAAUAAUAAAAAAAUGGGAGUAGAAAAUACCGAAAAAGACGUGAGCAUUGACGUAGGAAGUUUGUGCGUGUUUGAUGAUACUCCAGUGGACAUAACGAGUUUAAAAUCAAACGGGAGUGAUUAUUUAAAAUCAUUGACGCAGAGCAACACGCAAUUUUUAAUAAAUAAAAUAUGGGAGUUGCCAGUGAAGCGGGUUGACGAGUCAAUUGUAGCAGAGCUUCCUAAGCCGCAGACAAGCUUACCACGUGGAAGAGUAGUUCCCAAGCCGAAGCCGCUGACCAAGUGGGAGAAGUUCGCCAAGGAGAAGGGAAUCCGCAAGCAGAAGAAGGCCAAGUCCAAGCUGGAAUGGGACGAGGAGCUCGGUAAGUGGAUCCCGCUUUACGGAUAUAAAAAGAAUAAAUCCCUGGAGCAGAAGGACUGGUGCGUGGAGAUCAACGGCAAGAAUGACAACCCCAUCCAGGAGGCGCUUAAGAAGAAAGAGGAGCGAGUUAGCAAGAACGAGCUCCAGCGACUCCGGAAUAUUGCUCGUGCUAAUGACAUCAAGCUGCCCAAGGUCGGGAUUCCCAGUGACGAGAAGUUCUCCAGCUCCAAGCAGCUCGCUGUGGCCACCACUGUCGCCAGAGUCUCCACGGCUUCUGUUGGUAAGUUCCAGGGGAAGCUGCCUAAAGAGAAGGACGCCAAGGACAAGCUUCUCCACCAGGUCCCCGGGUUGAUCAAGAAGCGCAAGGCCGUUGCCAUGAACCCUGUUGAUGAGAGGAAGAUCAAUGCUUCGUUGGUUAAUGAUAUUAUUAAUAAGAAGACUCACAAGGAUAUUGUUAAUGUCCAGACCGCUGCUCAGGUCAUCAGGGAGGCUGAUAAUCAACAUUCUGCUAGGAAGAAGGGCAAGAAGGUUGCUGGAAGUAAGUCCGGGAAGAAACCUAAGGCUGGUAAAGGAGAGCGUAAUUUGAAGAAGAAAGUCGGGGGGAGAAAGCGGCGAUAGAUUCUUGUAAUUUUUUUUAUGGUAAAUAAAAUAUUUAAUAAUCCAA